AUGAGAAGACCGUGUACGUCUCAUUUAGCUUAUGGAAAGGAAACAAAAACAUGUAGAGGUCCUGCUUGUCCGAACUGGACAGAAGGUUUGAAACAAGUAAAGUUCGUGGAUGUUGUCAUGGGAAACGACGGGGCAGCGACGAAGGAGGAGCUCCCGUCGUUGCAAAAAUUUUAAGUGGCUCCGUUUCUUCAUCCCAAAAGUUUUCCUCUCCCCUGUUAGACGACUCGCGCAGUUUCUUGAUCGACACUGCAUCGCCUGUUUCCUUGGUUCCUCUCUCUUUCGUUUCCAAAACAUCGUCUCCUAAGAACUCCGGAUUAGUUCACGCUGGAGGCGGCGAUCUUCGAUUUUUUGGUGAGACAUCAAUUCGACCAGUUUUUUUUGGAAAAUGUUUCAAUUUCAUGGCCAAAGUUUCGGAUGUGAUCCAUCCCAUAUUGGGUCGAGACUUUUUCGACGGUCCGGGAUCCGACAUUCUUCUCGACCCUCAUAGAAAGAAAUACUUCCAGCGCCGUCAAGAAAUUGUUUCAGUAGUCACGGAAAAUGACGUCAUCAAGGCUGGCGAAGAAAAAACUGUUGUGUCGAAUCUCAGACCACAAGCCAAAGAUUUCAUUCCCAGGCCCUUGACUGAAAAUUCUUGUGUUUUGGCUGCAAAUGAAAUUGUUAAAAAUUUUACUGAAUCGGUUAACGCUAAACCUGUUUCAGAAUUCCCAGCUCUAUUUGCGCCUAUUAGGAUAGAUACUGGUGAGCAUUCCCCAGUUUAUUCCAAAGCACGGCCGUUGUUUGGAGAAAAAUUAGCGGCAGUCGGAACGAUUCUGGAAGACCUUCAAGCAAAAGGUAUUAUCGUGCCAACGUCUGGAAAUGUUGAAUGGGCUUCUCCUAUUCACAUGGUAACGAAGUCCGACG